AUGCAGGUAGGAGUGGCGAGCGGGUUCCAUCGCAGACAUCUGCAGUUAGCGCUGGACCAGGAGGGAACGUCGCUGGUGGAUGUGCUGUACGAAGAGAUGGGCGAGCGGAUCGGACUACUGAUGACCAACCAGUUCGGAAACUAUCUCUUCCAGAAGAUUCUGGAGAUGAGCAGCGAUCAGCAGCGGCGACAACUCCUCGUCAUGGUGCAGAGCCAGCUUCGCGAAGCCUCGAAAGACGUGCAUGGAACGCGUUGUGUGCAGAAGCUGAUUCAUCUCUGCCGCCUUCCCGACAUGGUCAACCGCAUCCUGGACGGUUUGUGUCCCUUCGUCGUCGAGCUCUGUGCCGAUGUGAACGGGAACCACGUGAUUAAGUGCUGUCUGAAGAGCAUGGCCGCCGAGCUGCGCCAGCGAUUGCUCGACGAAGUGGUGGACCAUUGCAUCGAGAUCAGCAAGGAGAUGUACGGCUGCUCGAUCAUUCAGAAAUGCAUCGAGAUCGCGUCGGGAGAGAGCGCCGACCGCCUGUUCGACACCAUCGAGGCGCACGCGCUCGAUCUCAUGCGCGAUCGCUACGCGAACUACGUCAUCCAAUACCUAAUCGAAAACGCGCGGCCGAGCGAGUCGCUGCGGUUCUGCCGCUGCGUUCUCACACAUGUGGAGGAACUCUCCAAGGAGAAAUGCAGCAGCAAUGUCGUCGAGAAGAGUCUCAAUCGAGGCGACGAAGCCACGCGCGAUUCGAUUAUCAACGAGAUCGUGAACGCUUCGGACCUUCGCUCCAUGUUGCUCGAUCCUUACGCGAACUAUGUGAUUCAAAAGGCUCUCGUGCUGAGCAAUGCCGAUCAGAGAGGGCGACUGAAGCAGGCGAUCGAGCCUUAUGCGAAGGAUCUCGCGGAUAGCAAGACAGGGAAACACAUUUUAUCGAAGCUGCCCGAGUUGUGCGGCGGCGGUUCUUCGGAGCCUUCUAUUCUAAUUAGCAAUUCUAACAAAUGA